AACAGCCAAAGACCUCGUCCAAGCACAUUUUGUUCAGCUCCAGCCGCUAGUAUCCACCUUUUCCCGAUUCCUCCAUGGCUCGCACAUCGAAAUCCACAAAUACCCACGCCCAGGACCAAAGCCAGAACCACUCCCUAAAAUCCCAACCGGCACCUUUCAAACGUCUCCCAGGUGUCAAAUACAUCGACGACGUCCCAUAUUCGAAACUCCUCCACGACCAGAAACCCAUCCGCCGCGCCCAAAUAGUUAUUCUCCACCAAAUGGGCUACACCAACUCGGUAGUAGAGAAAGAACGCCUUGUUGCCCGAUCAACAUUAAAGGACACUCUCUCCCGGUACGCCAAGACAAAGACGUAUCGCGAUUUGCCAAGGGGUGGACGCCCAAAGUCAUAUACAGAGCGGGAGGAACGAGAGUUGGUGAGGAGUGAGGGUAAGGGUCGCCAUCGGAUGCUAUGACGCAGCUGUUGCUGGUCACGCGAAUAUAAUACUGUAAGUUUACGUUUGAUUGGGA